AUGUGGAGGAGGACGUAUCUUCUUCUCCUCCUGGUGCGCGUCUACCUCGCCCUCUGCCCAAGCUACAUCCACCCAGACGAGAACUUCCAGGGCCCCGAGCUCUUCGCCGGCCGGCUGUUUUCAUAUCCCUCGCAUCUGACAUGGGAGUUCACCUCUUCCACGCCGAUACGCAGCAUCUUCCCGCUAUGGCUCGUCUACGGCCUGCCCAUGACGCUGCUCAAGUGGCUCUGGGCAGAGACGGGCAACGACCGCCCCAACCCGCCGCCGCAGCUGGUAUACCAUGUCCUGCGCCUGACCAUGUUCCUGCUCAGUCUCAUACUCGAGGACUGGGCCAUACAUGAGCUGGUGCCGAAUCCGCGGCGCAGGAGGCAGGCCGUCGUGCUGGUCGCCAGUUGCUACGUGACAUGGACGUACCAGACGCAUGCCUUUUCGAAUUCGCUGGAGACACUACUGGUACUCUGGAGUCUAGUCCUGAUUCAGCGUAUUGUCGAGAAUAAACAUCGGUCGUCGGUGUUUACUUGUGCUCUUCUCGCACUCGUGGCCGUCAUGGGCGUGUUCAACAGGAUCACUUUUCCCGCUUUUAUCAUGAUACCCGCACUGCAACUGGUGCCUCAUUUCAUUAACAAACCACUUUCUUUAAUAUCCCUCGCGUUCUUCAGCCUGCUAUUCUCCUUCUUCGCAGUCGCCAUAGACACGACCUUCUACACCCUCCCGGACUCCUUCUCCACCUUCAUCAGAAACCCUACCAUAACACCACUAAACAACCUCCUCUACAACUCAGACACCUCAAACCUGGCCUCCCACGGCCUCCAUCCACGCUACAACCACCUCCUAGUCAACCUCCCCUUACUCCUGGGCCCAGCAUACCUCGUUUCCCUCUGGUCCCUCUUCACCAGGGGCAUGGUAUCACCCACCUUCCACACGCGCAACACACGCGCAUACUCCGCUCUGUUCGGCGCAUUAAUCAUCUCCCUCUUCCCACACCAGGAAGCACGCUUCCUGCUCCCUUGCGUCCCCUUACUACUCACAUGCUUCAAACCGCCCAAGUCACGUACCUUCCUAGCCGCCUGGAUAGUAUUCAACUGCACCCUCGGCGCAUUAAUGGGCAUAUACCACCAGGGCGGAGUAGUUCCAGCACAACUACAUAUACCAACACUUCUAUCCGAGUCCCUCCCACCUUCCGAACCAACAGUCAACGUCUCAGUGCUGUGGUGGAAAACAUACUCCCCUCCCUACUGGCUGGUAGGAGACGGCAGCAGCACCAACGCAUUCAGCAUAACCACGCAUGACCUCAAGGGCAUGUCGAGGGGAGAUUUCCUUAACAGGACGAUCUCGAGCGUGCCGCGCUGCACGUCUGAUUCUAACCCGUUUGAGUUCCAUCAUGGCCUGCCUAAAGUGAGGGUGGAAGGAGGGGACAUGACGCUUCUUGUUGCGCCGCGAUCGGCUUCGUAUCUGGAUCAGUUUGUUGUUCCGGAUGGAGGGGAGGAUGAGAGUGCUGCUGGUGGGCCGGUGCGAGAGAUACGGCUGCAUAAGCUAUGGCAGUAUGAUAGACACGUUAACAUGGAUGACUUUGAUCCGGGCGACGAUGGGUUAUGGGGGGCGGUGGAACGGGUUUUCGGUAGGUAUGGGUUGGUUAUCUGGCUGGUUACGAGGCCUUGUUUAGCAUAG